AUGUCCCUACAGCUCAAUCUCUCCAGCCCGGAGAUUGACGAAACUUACAGGAAGAUCGUGACAGGACAAGAGAUCAAUUGGGUUAUCUACACAUACGAGAAGGGCACCAAUGAUCUCAAAGUCCAAUCGAUGGGUGUUGGAGGUUUAGAAGAAUUGGAAGAUGAAUUCUCGGAUGGGAAGAUUCAGUACGCGUUUGCGCGGGUAAAGGACCCAAAUAGUCAACUCAACAAAUUUGUGCAAAUCAAUUGGUGCGGAGAGGGCGUGCCAGAAUCGAAGAAGGGUCUCUUCCAUACCCAUGCUGCGACCGUCGCCAACUUCCUUCGUGGAUCGCACGUCGUCAUCAGUGCUCGCAGUGAAUCAGAUGUUUCUCCAAGCGUAAUCAUGACCCGCGUUGAAGCAGCUUCGGGAGCCAAAUACUCUUCGCACAAAGAAACGGCUAGGAAAUUCGAGCCCAUUACACCCGUCGGUACAAGUUAUACGCCGGUCGGUAAGGUGGAUAUCGCAGCACUGAGGAAGACGCCUUCUGCUCCAAAUCCAAGUGCUGCCGCAAAACCCCCAGCGCCGACUGCACCCCGACCAGCGUUCGGUGCUCCCAGGCCCGCUGUUGGCACCCCUUCGGCUGCAUCGCUGUACGGUAGAUCAGCAGCCGCCCAGAAUGCUCCAGAAGACGCGUGGCCUGAGGACAAGCCAGCCGCAGCUACGCCACCACCACCACCACCGCCCGCCGCUUCGCGCCCACCCGUCCUUCCAAGUGCCCCGAGGCCCGCUUUCAGUGCUAUGGCGCCUAAACCUACCACUGCUUCUCCUAUUGUCGCUGCACCUGCCGUUUCCUCACCUGCUGUUACUUCCUCGACUGUGCCCACUAAACCAGCCGAGGAAGAUCGCAUCGGACCUGUGGGCACUGCCUAUACCCCCGUUUCCCUCCCAGCGCCCAAGAAACUGAGAAAUCCCUUCGCUAAAUUUGAACAGACCCAACAAGAUACUCCGCCGCCACCAGUACAUUCGUCAGGUGGAUCAAAGAAGCUGACAUGGAGUGAGAGACAAGCCUUAGCAAAGAAACAAGCUGAGGAGGAAGAGGCUAAGAGUCGCAGUUCGAGCUUUAAUCCUGCCACAGCAGCUCCCGUGCCUGCUCCAACAUUUAAACAUGCGGCGCCAUCGUUUGGUAGAGCGGCCGUUCCCCAUGCACCUCCAAGGAAUUAUGGUGCGGUCGCCGGCGCAGCUGCUGUAGGAGCUGCAGUUGGUGCUCUGGGCACGGCAGCGUACGCUGCUGCCUCAGAGCCUGAGGAACCUGUUCCUGAAGAAGCCGCUCCGCCUCCGCCUCCCCCGCCUCCUCCCCCGCCUCGCCCUCUUGAACCAGAGCCAGAACCUGAAUAUGAACCUGAGCCAGUCGCGGCGCCCCCUCCGCCCCCUCCGCCACCACCACCACCACCGCCGCCGCCUCCCCCUCCUGUCCUAGAGGCGGCACCUCCUCCACCGCCGCCUCCGCCUCCACCGCCUCCUCCUCCAGUUGCCCAGAUGGCUGAAAUGACUAUUGACCCGGAGCCGGAGCCAGAACCUGGACACCCCCAAGUGUAUCACGGCGAAGGAAUUUGUGCCGUCGCCACUUACGAGUAUCAGGCGGAAGAUACUGGUGAGAUGAGCCUGGUCGAAGGCGAGCUCAUUGAGCAGAUUGAAGAAAUCGAUGAGGGGUGGUGGAAAGGUGUUGGGCCUGGCGGAAAGACAGGGAUGUUCCCAGCGAACUAUGUCGAACUCGUUGAGACGGUUCCGUUGCCAGAUGCAACAGAAGCUGUUGCUCCUCCGCCCCCACCCCCGCCCCCACCUCCACCUCCACCACCUCCUCCACCAGCUCCUGAACCUGUAGCUGCAGUGCCUCCUCCCCCUCCCCCUCCGCCGCCACCUCCCCCUGGUCGCCCAGCCAUAGACGAAGGCAUCGUUGCAGUUGCAUUAUACGAGUAUGAUGCUGCAGAGGACAACGAAAUAUCGUUCCGCGAGGGCGAGCGCAUCACCGAGAUCGAAGCAGCCUCGGAUGAUUGGUGGCAAGGAAAGAACACCGCAGGCCAGGUUGGAUAUUUCCCUGCUAAUUAUGUCGAAGUUCAAGAGUGA